GCAACUUUUUCCCCUUAACCGCGUGGAAUGCAGGCUGUUUUUUUGGAGCUGGACUUGGCGGCAUAAGUUCGGCUUCGCGGAUCUUGUGUGCAUGUCGGCUUCCGUCGGUCAUUUCAUUGAAUAAAUAUCUGGAUAUUUACGAUCAAGUUUUGGAAUAUGCUUAAAGUAAGCCAAGCUUCUGGAUUACUGUCUUCCGGUAUCAAGAGUGUACUUGACGUGGGAAAUACAGUAUGCAUUCAGAUGCCAAAACGAGCAAUAGUGCUUUGUUUUACCAUCCAGAAAGAAAUUUUUAUGCUGCCUUUCCGCUGUCUCAAUAAAGGCUACGAAGCUAUAAAGCCACCAUUUCGUUUAGUGCAUCGCAUAUACAAAGCGCUUAUCAGAGAAGACCCGUCACCUGCUGAACUUCUAACUGGCGAGAAAAAUCCAUCUGCUACUAAAAUUAUUGCCUCAUCUCGACAGCUUAGAUGUUCAGUAAUGAAAGCAAUCAACAAAGAAAACAAUUACAGGUCUCGGCUGUCUUCGUACCAAAGACAGCUUGAGAAAUGGAAAUUGGAAAAUGAAAAGAGAACAGAAGAAAUCCACAAGAUAACCCUCGAAGAAAAAGAAUUAAUGAAAGCUGUAGCCUCUGCCCUUAGAUACAUAAAAUCUUUGAAGGUAAAACGAGAAAAGUUAAACGAUUGCUUCUCUAAAAAUGUUACCAAUAUGAUUAACAGUGGUGACAUAUCGGAAGAAAAGUUGCAUGUUAUGCAAAAGGAACUGAAAAAUAUUGAUGCCAUUAUAAAUGAUAAGAAAAAUGUUUGCCUUAAUUUGCUGGCCCAAGGACGUGCUCCAUCUGAUGAUUUUUUGGGAGGUUUGACACCUUCCAAAGUUCAAAAGCGCACUUCCGUCAAAUUCGAUGUUUCUCAUAUUCCAGUACAAACUGAGCCAGUUCAGAAGGUUUUGUCUCUUUUGAUGGACGAAAAUAUGUACUUAAAGACUCGACUUUCAACCACACAUGAUAAACUUGAAGACAUUUUGAAACUUUCUGAAAGCAUUAACAGAGAGGUUGUUGUUUUGAGCGAAAAAUUCACCCAAAUGGCUGCUGUGAAUAAUGAAAUGACUGACCUUCAACAAAAACUUGAUCGUGAACGAGAAAUGCUAAAAGACGUUGAAGCAGACAGAGAUCAAAUGCGAUAUAAACUUGAGACCUUAGCGUCCAUCAUCAGAGAAGAGGAAGAAUUCUUGGCUUCCACGGAAUCGAGCGUUGAAGAUGGAAGUUUCGUGUCUUUUGCGGAGGAUUUAGAUGAAGUGUCCACUGUAUAAACAUUCCAUUUUAUGUGCCAUAAAUCUCGAGCUUCGGAUGAGUCAGUUGCCCACAUAAAAGAGAUUGGUGGCAAAUCUUGGCAUUUGGAAACUGUUUUCAUCUAUUUAUUUAUAUGUUUGUAUUAACCAACUGUUUUUUAGUUUUGAUUUUUAGUGCUUUCGCACGUUUUACUUACAGCUGUGAUAUCAAUAAAUUGUAUUUUGUAAAGCA